UUUGUAUAAUUUGUCAGCAGAUAAUCGAUGUCUGGGGCUCAAAAAGCAAUAACAGUAGGCUAUGCAAAUCAGGAAGCCAAAUGAACGGCUCUUUCACAGUUGCAAUUCGGUUCCCGACGGUCACCAAAAAGAGCCGUUCAAAAAGAGUCGGUCGUUCGCGAAUGACCUACCACUACAACAAAGCAAGAUGGCUGAAGUUGUGGAGCUCCAGAAACUAAAGCUUGCUGAACUGAAGCAUGAGUGUGAGACCAGGGGUCUGGAUGUGAAGGGCAACAAAGUGGAACUGAUCACACGACUACAGGCUUAUCUGGAGGAACAUGAGGAUGACAUGGGCCUAAAUGAAGAUGAUGUUCUGGGAGAAGAGCCAGAGGACCUCACGAAAGAGGAUGCCAUCACUGAGGAUAAUGACAAGAAACCCAUAGUGUCUGAGGAGACGGCUGAAAAGAAAGUGGUAAAAAUCACACCCCCAGCGUCUGUGGAUGAGAGGGUACAGAAAAGAGCAGAACGCUUCAAUGUCCCUGCGUCAGCUGAUGGCAAGAAGGCCAUACGCGCUGCCCGGUUUGGUUUGCCUGCUGCUGCACCUCCAACUUCCACUCCAGGUGUUACUGUGAAUAAAUCCACUGCGGUCAGUGUUGAACAGCUAAAAAAGCGAGCAGAGCGAUUUGGCGGGAACGUUUCUUCAGUAUCCAAGAAGGUUGAGGAAGAUGAAAAGCUGAAGAAGCGGAAAGAAAGAUUUGGGAUACUCGCUGCUGUUACACCUGACGUUGAGGCAAAGAAACGGAAGCGUUCUGAAAGAUUUGGAAAUGUGACUGUGUAAAUUGUGGUAUUUACAGAUGUUUUUUAUUUUUUAUUUUGUUGCAAACAGAACUGAAAUGUACUGUAUAUAGCUUGUCAGUUGCAUUACAUUUAGUCAUUAAAGUCGUUUUCAAUUAUUUUCUGUGAUUCUUUCUAUGGGUUUGCUACUUGAUUAUCAUCUUAGCAUGCUCGCUAACCCUUCCCCUAACCAUUUUUAGCUAAUCUUCCAACUCUAAUUUAACUCCUAAAUUGAACCCUUAACCUGGCUAACAGUCAUCUAAUGCUAGCCACCUAGAUACAAUUUGUACUAUGAAAUUGGUGAUGGACAUCCACAAAUUAAUACAUACCAAGUGACUCGGAUUUACAUACAGGAUAAUAUGAAAUGUCCUGAGACCGGGUUGGUUUGUUUGGGUCAUUCUGCUAAGUAGUAAUAAGAACAUUAAUGGAUUUAUUUUAUAUAGCAAUUUAUAAGAAGAAUCUCGGUCGCUUUUAAAAUGAGAAAUAUUUUGGAUUUAUUGGGCGAUGUCUUCCACACCUAAAACAAUUGUUUUAUUUUAUUAUACAUGUAUUUUAUUCAUAAUACAAAAAUCGACUUACAUUGCUACAUCAAACACGGGUUUUAACAAUGCUCAAACAUUCAAAAAAUGUGCAAUUAUAUUCACUCUGAAAAUAUCUUAUUAUAAUGAUUCAUGAAGAUGUUAUUCUUGUUACUCGCUAGGGUUAGUGUUUUAAUAAGAGUUCAAUCAGGAAAAUUGGUAAUUUUGGUAUAGAAUUUUGGAAUUUUUGUUUGUGUAUAAAGUAUUUGGCAACCUGAAUAAAAAAUGUACAAUCAU